ACAACCAAACCAGUCAAAAUGAAUUCAACAUUAUUUUCCCAGGUUGAAAAUCAUUCAGUCCACCACAAUUUUUCAGAGAAGAAUUCCCCAUUUUUGGCUUUUGAAAACGAUGAUUGUCAUCUUCCCUUGGCCAUGAUCUUUACCUUAGCUCUUGCUUAUGGAGCUGUGAUUAUUCUCGGGGUCUCUGGAAACCUGGCCUUGAUCAUAAUCAUCUUGAAACAAAAGGAGAUGAGAAAUGUUACCAACAUCCUGAUUGUGAACCUUUCCUUCUCAGACCUGCUUGUUGCCAUUAUGUGUCUCCCUUUCACGUUUGUCUACACAUUAAUGGACCACUGGGUCUUUGGUGAGGCUAUGUGCAAGCUGAAUCCCUUCGUGCAAUGCGUUUCAAUCACUGUGUCCAUUUUCUCUCUGGUUCUCAUUGCUGUGGAGCGACAUCAGCUGAUAAUCAACCCACGAGGAUGGAGACCAAAUAAUAGACAUGCUUACAUAGGUAUCGCUGUCAUUUGGGUCCUGGCUGUGGCUUCUUCUCUGCCCUUCUUGAUCUAUCAAGUAUUGACUGAUGAGCCAUUCCAAAAUGUAACACUCGAUGCAUUCAAGGACAAGUACGUGUGCUUUGAUAAAUUUCCAUCGGACUCACAUAGAUUGUCUUAUACCACUCUCCUCUUGGUGCUGCAGUAUUUCGGUCCACUCUGUUUUAUAUUUAUUUGCUACUUCAAGAUAUACAUACGCUUAAAAAGGAGAAACAACAUGAUGGACAAGAUGAGAGACAAUAAGUACAGGUCGAGUGAAACCAAAAGAAUCAACAUCAUGCUGCUGUCCAUUGUGGUAGCAUUUGCCAUCUGCUGGCUGCCCCUUACCAUCUUUAACACUGUGUUUGAUUGGAAUCAUCAAAUCAUUGCUACAUGCAACCACAAUCUGUUAUUCCUGCUCUGCCACCUCACAGCAAUGAUAUCCACUUGUGUCAACCCCAUAUUUUAUGGAUUCCUGAACAAAAACUUCCAGAGAGACUUGCAGUUCUUCUUUAACUUUUGUGAUUUCCGGUCUCGGGAUGAUGACUAUGAGACAAUAGCCAUGUCCACCAUGCACACAGAUGUUUCUAAGACUUCUUUGAAGCAAGCAAGCCCAGUCGCAUUUAAAAAAAUCAACAAUGAUGAUAAUGAAAAAAUCUGA